AUGCCGGGCUUUCUGGUCCUUAUUAAUUCUGGGGCCAUUCCUCUCGUCAUCUUUGCGGGCGCCUUCGCCCAUUUCUUUGGUCGCAAACCUGCUCUCUGGCUUGCGUGUCUCUUGACCGCUGCCGGGGCCGCCAUCCAAAUCGGCACCACCAACUGGGGCGUUUUCUAUCUUGGCCGUCUGGUCCUGGGCGUUGGAAAUGGCUUCCUCGUCACGUUUUCCAACAUCUAUUGCGCCGAGGUGGCACCUGCGCACCUUUGUGCCGUGCUCGUAGCACUGUUCUCCGAGUGGGUUACCAUUGGCAGCAUUGUCGGCGCGGCCGUGACCAAUGCGACGUCCAAGUCGCUCGACAAGUCGUCGUAUCAGAUCCCGCUGGGGAUUCAGUUUAUUGGACCAACCUACGCCGGACAUUGCUUUGCUUUGGAGUCAUUGCAUUACACCACGUACUUUCUAGUGGUGUCAGGUCUCAGCGUCGACGAUGCUUUCAAGUAUUCGGUGCUGAAAUCCUGCUUGGGCUUCAUCGGGGUCAACCUCGGCAUCUACCUGAUGCGUCACGUCGUCGGCCGGCGGAGCAUCAUGAUGAUCGGCUCACUAACCCAGGGAUUAUGUAUGCUCAUCGUUGCGGUCACUGCAACAACAUCGGCUGGCACCCUCGUUGCGCGGAACUGUCUUAUCGCCUUUACGUCUCUGUACAUGUUUGCUUACAACGCUUUCGUUGGGGCGGCCAGUUACCCCGUGGCUACCGAGCUGGUGAGCACAAGGCUCAGGUCUUGGACAGUAGGCUCUGCCAUUAGCCUCGGGUACUUUCUAGGCUGGUUAACUGGAUUUUGCCCGCCCUACUUUAUCAAUCCCGAGAACAUGAACUGGAAGCCUUGUUGA